GCCCAGAACAUCUGCCGACGGAGAUUCCCAGCUUGAAAGACAUACGAAGCGAGGUCGCGCUUGCCCGCGCCACGCUCGAAGCAAGGGCUCCUGGCAUCGUCUGUGGCCAUGGCGAUCUCAAGCCCUCCAACGUCCUGGAGCACCGAGGUGAUGUUCGACUGAUUGACUUCGAGCUGGGCGGACCCAACUACAGGGGCUUCGACUGGAUGAAGCUGUUUCGACGACCCGAGGGUUUCCAGGAGGAGGAUUUAAGGCACUUCCUGGCGUCCUACGCCGCUUGCGGCGAGGAGCCCUGCUCCCUCCAGCAGCUCGACAGUCUCGUUGAGGAGACGAAGGCCUUCGAGCCACUGACCUGGCUGGAGGCAUUCAUUUUCUUCUUGGCCUUAAUUCCGUACAAGCCGACAGAGCUGAAAAAAUGGCAAGGUCUCGCUCAGCACAGGUGGCAGAUGUACCAGCAGACUCGGCACAAGCUGAUCACCAGCUGA